AUGAACUUUUACACUUUUAAUGCCUCUGAAAUUUGUAUUACCAAUGAUGUUUGCCAAAGCACGAACAAGAAUCUUCUCCAGGCAAACAUCCAGUUUCCCCCUAAAAGUCUCAAAACGCAUGAAGAAAUGCAUAAAGUGGAUGACGCUGCGUCUCUUCGAACCGAGUCUGCGUCGUUAUCUCAAAAUGUGGGAAAACAGAAAACCUUGUUAGGUAUAGAUAAGUGCUCUUAUCCGUCCCAAGAAGGGAACAAAGAAAUCAGCUGGAACACCGGAUGA